AUGCAAGACUCUGACGACCAUCCACCAGCAGAACGGAGCGAGGACGGCGCAGAGGUCGAUGCGCCGGUCAAGAAGAAGCGCAUCAUAAAGUCGCGCCAGUCGCUCGCCGAGAAGGAGGUUGGCACGACCAUGUUCCCCAUUGCGCGCGUCAAGCGCAUCAUAAAGUCGGACAAGGACCUCGACAUGAUGAGCGCCGAAGCGACGUUUCUGAUCUCGGUCGCGACCGAAUACUUUGUCAAGCACUUUAUGGAGGAGGGCUACACAAAGGCGCGCCUCGAGAAGCGCCGCAUCAUCAGCUACAAGGACAUGGCCAACGUCGUCUCGCGCACCGAGGAGUUUGACUUUUUGAAAGACGUGAUCCCUCUCCCGGUAACAAUGUCCGAGGCGCUUGAGCGGCGCAAGGCCAAGCUCGUGGCGGACGAGAGCGCGAUGAUGCACGAAGACGACCAGCCGCGCGACCCGUCCGAGCCAGCUGGCGUUAUCGGCGACAGCCUCGACCUGUCGAACGCGCCCGAGGACCUGCCUCCACUGGCGCUCAGCACCAACCCGCUCUUCCCAAACGCGAUUGUCAAGCGCCCACCUAAUACCCAUGCGCGCUCCGCCGUGUCCCAGCCAUCCAAGCCCGCACAGCCCCCUCCUCCCCCUGCACCGCCGCGCGUACACACCGGCAAGAACGCGCCUACGACGCCCCACGCGCUCGCGACCCGCAGCUCACGCCGAAGUAUGAACGCCGCGGCGGCCGAGCCCAUGCAGAUCGACUAG